AUGAAGAUGUCUAAGUCUGAGUAUCAAUUCUUUAUUGUUGGGAGCAAGAAAGCCACCACAUUCAUGAAGAAUGUCACUGAUCCAAAUUUCACAGCUGAUCUUGAACCAAAUCUCUCUAUUAUGCUUGAAGUGAAAGAGCUUGAAAAUCCAAAAAAUAAACUUGUGACCGCAAGUGAUUUGGCAUGA